CACCACAAGGGUCACGGCGCCAUUUUGAGGCCGAACAGCGCAGCGAGAGACGGCGACUGCGACGCGGCACGGAAUUUCAUCGCUCGUACGGAGUGGGGGGGCAACUCAGGGGCAAGGCCUCGCGCAAACAAACCAACACCCCCAACCGAGCAAGCACGCCGCAUCGUUACGGAUUCCCCUUCACGUAUUGUUGCCUCGCAAGAGAGAGAGAAAAAUCGUCUUUUCCCGCCAAAUUAAGAGCGAGAGGGGCGAGCGACGAAGCGGUGCCCCCCGCGAGAGGCGCUUCCAGAAGGUCCCGGGUGGCCGAGAAGCCGCGGAGACUUCCACCACCAUCAUCACCACCAGCAGCAGCAGCACCACCCACCCUCAACUAACAAUAAACCUCCUCCUCCCCACCCCCACACAUCCACACGCAACUGCCGCCAGAGCGACGAGUUUAGCCUAAGGCCAGUGCACACCAAUAAACAUGGCUGAAGACUUUGACAUUGAAGCCAUGCUGGAGGCACCUUUCCAAAAGACGACCCUUCCAAAUGAUAUGUCGCGUUCUGGCGUGAGUGCAGCUAUGAUCCCAGUCUGAAACCCUCAGACUCGUGUGGUAACGGGGUUCCUUAAUAUUUUUUGUUGACUUUCAUGGACUGAGCUGUCUCAUCACACCACAAGCUAGCGACAGCAGACGAGGCUGAUUUGUAAAGUCGUGGAAAAUUGUAGCGCCACUGGUAAGAGUGACUGUCACUGGUCACAUCUGCACUUGGGUAUUCAUUCAAAAUUGAAAUGAACAAAAAUAUACAUUGCUCUGCAGUUGAUUAUUCUCAAAUGCUUUUGACAGUUGGCUUUCAUCUACUGUGCAUCACCAGCAAAUGACUGCUGCCUGUUUGUGUGUCCCAAUUUACGGAACACUGAAAAUGUGAUAACUGCAUGUUAUUUAAAGAGGCCAACUGGCAUUCAGCCCAGUGGUUAAUGGUGGAAAAAAGCCACACGACGACACAUGCCUAGUCAUUCUCUAGUAAUGAUGAUGAUGAUGAUAAAGUUAAUGACACAAGCAAAGCAGAGAACGUGUUUGCCUGGUUUGACGAUACUAAGAAAUAUAAAUGCCCCUUUGCUUCAGGACAAGAUGGGAGUGCAAAGGCUCCCCGCGAGCGGUCGUUCUGCUCAAGAUGGAAACUGGCAGCAUUGGAAGAUCAGAGGGCCCUUCUUUGAGGGUUUACUAACCGAUCCUGGGCACCCUGACUUAGUCCUUGGUACUUGAAAAUGGAAGGGCGGCUUUUGUUCUCUAGCUUGGAUUCCUACCUCUCCCACUCCCUGGUUUUUGAGCCAAGACCCCACCUGACAUACUGUGGUCCAGUCCAGGUUGCUGGUGUUGGAGGGUAAUAAAAAAAAUUGAAUUAAAAAAGUAUUUGUUUGCAACUUUGCUAAUAUGCUAUUUGCAUUAUAUGUUUUUGUUUCUCCUUUCCUCCCCACCUCCCUCCCUGCGUAUCCUGUAAUCUGUUGACUGCUUCAUUAUGAUGUUAUUCUAUCAACCUGCUUAGGAGGCCACCAAAGUGGGUGAAGCGAAUGGACACCCGCUAACCGACACAAAGAAAAAGAAGAGUAAGAGUCGCAGCAGAAGCAGAGACAAGAAGAGGAGCCGCAGCCGAGAUCGGCGGCGCAGGAAAAGCCGCGAGCGCCGCCGCCGCAGCCGUAGUCGCAGCCGGGACCGAACCCGGCACCGCGAGGAGCGUGGACGCUUCCGCAGCCCAAUCCACAAACGCUCCCGUAGCAAGAGCAGAAGCCCGAGAGGAAAAUUUGGAAAUGCCCCAAGGCCAUCCACCAGCACGCUCACCCCGGAGGAGAGAGACAGCCGCACCGUGUUCUGCAUGCAGCUUGCAGCGCGCAUCCGUGCCAAGGACCUAGAGGAGUUCUUCUCCGCUGUGGGCAAGGUGCGUGACGUGCGCCUCAUCUCGGACCGCAACUCGCGCCGCUCCAAGGGCAUCGCGUACAUCGAAUUUGUGGAUCUUGACUCGGUGCCACUGGCCAUCGGGCUCACGGGACAGAGGCUGCUGGGUGUGCCCAUCAUCGUGCAGGCAUCGCAGGCUGAAAAGAAUCGUGCCGCAGCUGCUGCUGCUGCCAACCUUCAGAAACUGGCAUCGGGGCCCAUGCGCCUGUACGUGGGCUCCCUUCACUUCAAUAUCACCGAGGCCAUGCUCAUGGGCAUCUUCGAGCCAUUCGGGAAGAUUGAUAACAUCCAACUGAUGAUGGACCCCGAGACUGGCAGGUCCAAGGGCUUUGGAUUCAUAACGUUUGCAAGCGCCGACUGCGCCAAGAAGGCGCUGGAGCAGCUGAAUGGCUUUGAGCUAGCCGGGCGACCCAUGAAGGUGAACUACGUGUCGGACCACUCGGAUGUCAUCAUCAGCGUUGGCAGCGGCGGAGGUGGUUCGUCCUUCCUGGACAACGACGAGCUCGAGAGGACGGGCAUCGAUCUCACCAACACGGGCCGCCUGCAGCUCAUGGCCAAGCUGGCUGAGGGUUCUGGGCUCACUAUACCACCCGUAGCGCAGCAGGCUCUGCAGAUGAAUGGAGCCAUUCCCCUGGAGGCAUUAAUGCCCUCCCUAGCUGCAUCCAUGAACCCAACCUUCACCAUGUCUCCAACCAUCGCCACUCAGUGCUUCCAACUCUCCAACAUGUUCAAUCCACAGUCGGAGGUGAAUUCCAGCUGGGUGCAAGAGAUCCGGGACGACGUUGUGGAGGAGUGCAACAAGCACGGGGGCGUGGUGCACAUCUACGUCGACCAGAAUUCAGCCGAGGGCCAUGUGUAUGUGAAAUGUCCCAACAUACCCGUCGCACUUGCUGCUGUCAACUCUCUUCACGGUCGCUGGUUUGCAGGUAAGAUGAUCACGGCAGCAUACGUCCCUGUGCCCACCUAUCACAACCUCUUCCCAGACUCCAUGAACGCAUUGCAGCUACUCACGCCCAUGAGGAGAUGAGGGCUCCCACCCCAGCUGCGUGCGGCCGUUGUGCCAUCACUCCGGCUUGAUCCUUGUUGAACGUCGGUCCAGCACACAUGCCCUGUGCUGAUUGCAAACACGAUGAUAAUUUUUGCAUCUCCUACAGCAGACCAGAAGGGGCUUUCCUGACCCUUCUGCGAUUGCACCCUGAAUAAUUUUUUGAACGCCUCCUGAGGUUUGACAUUUAGAAUUCUUAAAUAUCGCCUUUUUUUUUCAUUUUCAAACCAGUUUUUAAAUCGAUUGAUUUACAAUGCUAGGAUAAACGUAAAUUUUUUUUAUAAAAAAAACUUUGUUUCCUUUUAUAUCUGCAUAUGUUUGUACGAUGUUUGAGUUUUGUUCUCGGUUCAGCUUGGCUUUAUCUGUUAUGGGAAGUAAAAAAAAGCAUAAAUGUUAGGGCACAAGAAAAUUACUGUAAGUCAAUCAGGGACUAAAAAUAGACAAAACAUUUUGUGUCGGUGUCAUCUAUACUUACACACCACUGUUUUAUACUCCGGCAAUAUCAGUGUCAUUUUGGUCAAAUGUUUUGAAAAAGCUAAGUGAACUGUGAAUAUAGCCAAGGAAAUAUAUAUUUACCUCGGAGCCUCCAUCACUGGAUGACCACCGGCUCCCUCAGCGGAAGUGGCCAUGCAUUGCAAGCGACUUAGGUAAAUUAGCGAGUUCAUGUUACUCAGUCUCAAAGCACGAUCGAUAUUCAAACUGGCCAACCAUAUUUUUGAAUUCAUAAAUCUGAGCAUGACUAUAUGUAUACGAACCCCAAGCUCAAACGAUUUAACAAUAUAAGUUCAGCCAAAGAAGUCAACUUAAAUUGAAUAGUUUGUUCAUUUGCUGCCUUCACCCAAUUGUGAGCAACUGACAUUCAAACAUUUUGUGGUGAGGUUCAAAUGGAUUGGCAUAUAUAAAAUAACUAAAAUAUUUUAACUUGCGCACAAUGACAGGAAAUUCAGAAUGUAAAGUUUCCGAUGAGAAGGGGAGUAUCUUUAUUAAAACAAUGGUGUGGUCACCACGCGUCGGAGGGCACAACUCCCAUAAUGCCUUGCAUGCAUGCUUUUCAUGUGACCACCGCAGUUGCAUGUACAAAGCUCAACCUUAUCCAGACUACCAGCUCAAGAGCUGAUUGUGUGGCCGUAUUGUUGCAAUGUGGUGGUCACAUGACAUGCAUUCCAGGCAAUUAGUUUUGAGCCUUGAUGCUGUUUGAGCAUACUUUUGCAUGUUAUUUCCAGCAUGCAUGCUUAUUCAUGUUUUGGGUUUUUUCACGUACAGAACUUGUUGGAUUUUAAUAAGGGCAUCAUCUUGUGCAUAAUUUCAUGGUAGGCAAGAAUGAUUAAUUUAGUAAUUUUAUUUGCUUUACAUUAAAAUGUUUGAUGGCUUCAUGUCUCUUUCCCAAAAUCUCCAAAGAAAUACUAAUUUUGUUGACAACGGCUAGGGGUCUUUGUGUUCAAUUUAGUUUGUCCAUGGUUAAAGUGGGAUGUUAUAUCACAUUUGUAAUUGAGGUCUGAAGUAACAUUUCUGCAGCAAGUCCCAUUGUGCAUUGAAUGCUGCCGGUGGGUAAAUUGUGGGUGUUCUUUGCAUUUACUCUGAAAGGAGGCCCAUGGGUACCUUGUACAAGAAAUGUACAUUUUUUAUUAUGGUAUUAUUAGACUUAACCCGGGCUGUUGGGUAAUUUGUCAUAUAAUUUUGUAGAUAUUCAGAAGGUAAACUUCGACCCUACAAUUUACUCGCAGUGUGACACCUUUCAAAUCAGUCCAGGAAUAAAUGUGGCAAAGAAACCUGCAGACAUUUCAGCAGUGUCCAAAAUCUGGAAGGAUUAAAAAAAGCAAUCCUUAAAAUUUUGUUAACCAGCUAUUGACUUUGCAAUACCACUCACUGUUUAACAGCUCAUUAUGCGCCUUGGAUUUGUACAAUAUGUAAAUAAACGUUAGUUAUGCCACGUAGUCAGUCUGAUCGCUUCUUAUGCCUGGCAGAUUGUUUUGAUAAAUUCAUUGAACCGUGUGCUUGGCUACUUGAUCCUGGUGGGUCAGUUGAGAUUACUUUUUUUUAUAGUCUAACUUAUGUCUAUUGUUAUUAAGGUGUUAAUUCAGGAGCCAAGUCAGGGCAAUACAACAUGUUUAAAUAAUUAAAUGUUGGCAGAUCGAGACUUAAUACAGUCAACACUUCAAAGCUCGACAAGUGAGGAGACAUUCCAGUUUUACAGAUUGUUUGGUAUACUGCAAAUUAAACCAUUUAAAAGCUACAUUUAAUUGCUUGCAAUUAACAUGCAAGACAUUGAAUUGAGACUUAAUAUCCGCAAACUAUUUUUCAAUUUCAUAAUGUUGAAACGGCUUAAUCCAAGUCAAUAUCCCAAUGAAGCAGAAGGUGGCCGAGGUUCACUGGAUGCGAAAAUCCACGUAGAUUUAUUUUUGAUGGGCUCGAAGCAUUUAUUUCGUUUGCAACAUCAACUUAAAUUAGAAAACUAAGAGCCCGGUGUCCAAGGGAACAAAUCCAUGAAUUCUGUCCAAGUGGUAUGUUAUUUGGGAACUGCUUGUGUACAUGCUCACAAUUGCCUAAUGUGUAUUUAUUUAUUUUGGGGAACUUUCUAGCCUACCCUGAAUCUGGCUUACUCGUCUGGUUUUAAAAGGUUUUGCUUCACACCCAAUUGUUUGCUACCCCACCGAGAUUCAAAUAGCAAUUUAAUUUGACAUUUAAGGAAUUCUGGCACACCAUCAAUUCUAAUUUUGGGGGGGGGGGGUGAUUCAGCCUUUCAACCCCUCUGGGGACCACUUCGUGAGAAGUCAACAGUCUACCAGCAGGCUCGGCCUCGCCAUGGAAGUGUGGAAUUUCCAUCACUGGCGAAAAGGGAGGUGAGUGCCACCCUCUGCCUAUUUGAAGAGGGAGACACUGGUGUUUAGUACAGUGUGAAAACCCUUUCAAAUAUACCUGGGUGAAACAACCGAUACUUUUUAAAAUAUUAAACCCAUGUUACAUUGUAUGCAUUGUUUUUGAAAUAAAUGUUUGAGAAAUUGCUUA